AUGGCCUUAACAUUUGCUGUGAAAGAGAUCAAUGAGAAUCCCACAAUCUUGUCAAAUAUAUCUCUGGGAUUCCACAUCCUCAAUAGCUACUUGACUGCAAGAAUGGCCUGUAAAGCCACUCUGAGCAUCCUUUCAUCAAAACAGAGGUUUGUCCCCAACUUCAGGUGUCACAAGCAGAACAAUCUGAUAGCAAUCAUUGGAGGAUGUUUCUCUGAGAUCUCUGUCAAUGUGGCUGUCAUUUCAGCGAUCUACAAGACUCCACAGGUCCAUCCCUUUCUAAGGCACAUCAUAUUCAACAACAGUGCUGGAGACACAGUGAGCUUUGAUGACAAUGGAGAAUUCGUUGCAGGUUUUGAUGUUACAAAUUGGCUGAUGUUUCCCAAUGGCUCUGUGGUCAGAGUAAAAGUUGGAAGACUGGAACCUCAGGCUCCUCCAGGCAAAGAGCUAACCAUCCAUGAUGAUCAUAUUGUGUGGCAUCAAAGCUUUAAUCAGGUGCUGCCAGUUUCUACGUGCAAUGACAACUGCUAUCCUGGCUCCAGCAGGAAAAAGAAGGAAGGAGAGAAAUUUUGCUGCUAUGACUGUGCUCCAUGUCCGGAAGGGAGGAUCUCACAUCAAAAGGACAUGGAUGCCUGCAUCAAUUGUCCAGAAGAAGAGUAUCCAAAUGAGGAUCAAACUCAGUGCAUUCCAAGAGUUCUAAUUUACCUUUCAUACAAAGAAGAUUUAGGGAUCAUCUUAGUUAUCAUAGCUAUUUUUUUAUCGUUCCUCACCACUUUAGUCCUUCGAACUUUUGUGAAGCACAAGGACACUCCCAUUGUCAAAGCCAACAACCGGACCCUCACCUACAUCCUCCUCAUUUCCCUCCUCCUUUGCUUCCUCUGCUCAUUGUUGUUCAUUGGACAGCCUGGAAAUAUGACCUGUCUUCUGCGACAAACAGCCUUUGGCAUUAUCUUCUCUUUGGCCCUUUCCUCUGUGUUGGCAAAGACCAUCACUGUGGUUCUGGCAUUCAUGGCAACCAAACCACGAUCCAGGAUGAGGAAAUGGGUGGGGAAAGGAUUGGCAAAUUAUAUUGUCCUUUCCUGCACCUUUAUUCAAGCAGGGAUUUGUGUUAUUUGGUUAAGUACUUCACCUCCAUUCCCAGAUAAGGACAUGCACUCAUUGCAUGGUAAAAUCAUUCUGGAAUGUAAUGAGAGUUCAGCUACCAUGUUUUAUUGUGUCUUGGGUUACAUGGGCUCCCUGGCCAUAAUCAGCUUCCUUGUGGCUUUCCUCGCAAGGAAGUUACCUGACAGUUUCAAUGAGGCCAAAUUCAUCACUUUCAGCAUGCUGGUGUUUUGCAGUGUCUGGUUGUCUUUUGUUCCAACCUACCUGAGCACCAAAGGAAAAUACAUGGUGGCUGUGGAGAUCUUCUCUAUCUUGGCCUCCAGUGCUGGAUUACUGGGCUGCAUCUUUUGCCCUAAAUGUUACAUCAUUGUACUGAGGCCAGAGCUGAACAACAGGGAGCAGCUGAGGAGGAGAGAAAAGGAAUGA